AUGGACUUCAGGACGCCGCAUCCUCGUUCAAUCCUCACCGACCGACGCCUUGGCAGACCAAAUGACAGCCCCGACGCAAGCUACGGCGAACGGAAAGCCAUGAAUGCAAGGAAAGAUGAUUUGGAUGAUGUAUUGAAACUUGUUUCAUUCUUCAAAGACAUGAAGGCAAACAAUGAUGAGUUUUUCUAUGACAUACAAGUAGACAAGGACAAGUCAAUUAAAUCAUUUUCUGGUCCAAUAGACGAAGAUGCAAAGUCAUUCAAGUGGUUGUUCGAUACAUUUGUACAGUGCAUGAACAACAAGCACCCAACUUGCAUUCUAACAGACCAGUGCCCCUCGAUGGCGAAAGUUAUACCACAAUCAUUCCCAAACACCAUCCACAAGCUAUGUCGUUGGCACAUCUUGAAGAAGUACAAGGAAUACCUCGCAUUGCUGUACAAAAAGUAUAAAACAUUCAAAGAGGAGUUCACAGCUCUAUUAAACUGGCCGCUGAUGCCAAUGGAGUUUGAAACUGCCUGGGAUGAACUCGUGCACAAGUACAACCCGGAGAACGACCAGAUGAUGAUGCAGUUGUGGAGUGAUAGGAGAAUGUGGAUUUCAGCAUAUUACAAGAUCAUUUUUUGUGCUAGAAUGACUUCCACACAACGAAGCGAGAGCAUGAAUCACGUGCUCAAGAAAGGGUUUGUCAAGGGGACCCAGAACCUACACAAGUUUGCUAGGCGGGUAAAUGCUUGCAUACAAAUUCGAAUGCAGAAGGAGAACGAGCAAACAAUGACCAGCAUGACCAAUCCUGUGACAAAAACAACUUAUGGCUACGAGGAAGACAUGUCUAUCAAGUACACGAGAGCCGUGUACACCGAGAUGAGGACUAGGAUGAGAAAAACCACGCUAUUUCAUGCAAAGCGUACAUCAGAGCCCACUAAGUACCUUGUGUACUACCACAACAAGCCUGGCCAUGAUGAUGAAGAAAGAUUUUCCUGGUCAAAGCAUGAAUUCCAGGUUGUAGCUGACCCAGAGAAUGAAAUAUACGAGUGUGAAUGCAACCUUUGGACACACACAGGCCUGUUCUGCCUUCACAUCAUGAACAUACUGGACUACCUGAAGCCUGACAAAUUUCCACACAAGUAUAUCCUCAAACGGUACACGAAGACUGCAAAAUCACAACCAACCUUUGGUACAAGGGACUACAACACAACUGCAUCGGAUGGCAGCUCAAGACUAUCGAAGCAAGACAUCUUGCUGCAGCUAAAUUUGAUGGUUAACAAGACAGCGAUGAGAUGUGACCAGCAAUAUGAAAGAGCCUACUAUGUUCUCAAGAGGCUCGUGGAAGAGCUUGAUGCAAUACAUUCAGCAAAUCGAGCGGAUGCUGACGAAAGGAUGGAUCAAGAGGAUGCUAAAAUUGAAGAUGACCUUCAUUAUUAUGCAGCUUAUAUGCUCAACGCCGCCGCUCAAGCCAACCAAUGCAAGCAGGGUGUUGACUAA